AUGGCAGCCCCGAGGAAAGCAGUUGUGGGGCCGUUGGUGGGGGCGGUGGUUCAGGGCACCAACUCCACUCGCUUUCUGGUUUUCAAUUCAAAAACAGCGGAACUACUUAGUCAUCAUCAGGUGGAAUUAACACAGGAGUUCCCAAAAGAAGGAUGGGUGGAGCAAGACCCUAAGGAAAUUCUUCAGUCUGUGUACGAGUGCAUAGCGAGAACGUGUGAGAAGCUGGGUGAACUGAAUAUUGAUAUUUCCAACAUAAAAGCUAUUGGCGUCAGCAAUCAAAGGGAAACCACUGUCAUCUGGGACAAGCUAACUGGAGAGCCUCUCUACAACGCCAUAGUGUGGCUUGAUCUAAGAACCCAGGCUACGGUUGAGACGCUGAGUAAAAAAGUCCCGGGAAAUAAUAACUUUGUUAAGUCAAAGACAGGCCUUCCGCUCAGCACUUACUUCAGCGCUGUGAAAAUUCGUUGGUUGCUUGACAAUGUGAGACAAGUUCAAAAGGCCGUUGAAGAAGGUAGAGCUCUUUUUGGGACCAUUGAUUCGUGGCUCAUCUGGAGUUUGACAGGAGGAGUCAACGGAGGUGUCCAUUGUACGGAUGUAACAAACGCAAGUAGGACAAUGCUUUUCAACAUCCACUCUUUGGAAUGGGACAAAGAGCUCUGUGACUUUUUUGAAGUUCCAAUGAACAUUCUUCCAAAUGUCUGGAGUUCUUCUGAGAUCUAUGGCCUCAUGAAAGUUGGGGCCUUGGAAGGUGUGCCAAUAUCUGGGUGUCUGGGGGACCAGUCCGCUGCUUUAGUAGGACAAAUGUGCUUCCAGGAAGGACAAGCAAAAAACACAUACGGAACAGGCUGUUUCUUACUGUGUAAUACAGGUCAGAAACGUGUAUUUUCUGAACAUGGCCUCCUGACCACAGUCGCUUACAAACUAGGCAGAGACAAACCAGUAUAUUAUGCCUUGGAAGGCUCUGUUGCCAUAGCUGGGGCUGUUGUUCGUUGGUUGAGAGACAAUCUUGGAAUUAUACAGACCUCAGAAGAAGUUGAAAAACUUGCUCAAGAAGUGGGUACUUCUUAUGGCUGCUAUUUUGUCCCUGCUUUUUCAGGGUUAUAUGCACCUUACUGGGACCCGAGUGCAAGAGGCAUAAUCUGUGGUCUCACUCAAUUUACCAAUAAAAAUCAUAUUGCUUUUGCUGCACUAGAGGCUGUUUGUUUCCAGACCCGAGAGAUUGUGGAUGCCAUGAACCGUGACUGUGGAAUUCCACUUAGUCAUUUGCAGGUAGAUGGAGGAAUGACCAACAACAAAAUUCUCAUGCAACUACAAGCAGAUAUCCUGCGUAUUCCAGUAGUAAAGUCCUCCAUGCCCGAAACCACUGCACUCGGAGCUGCCAUGGCAGCGGGGGCUGCAGAAGGAGUAGGUGUUUGGAGCCUUGACCCUGAGGAUUUGUCAGCUGUCAUGAUGGAACGGUUCGAACCUCAGAUCCAGGCUACAGAAAGUGAAGUACGUUAUUCUACAUGGAAGAAGGCUGUGAUGAAGUCAAUGGCUUGGGUUACAAGUCCUGAGGACCCUACUAUCUUCUCUAGUCUGCCCUUGGGGUUUUUUAUAGUGAGUAGCAUGGUAAUGUUAAUUGGAGCAAGAUAUAUCUCUGGUAUACCAUAA